AUGAAACAUCAAGAUGAGCAAUUACGCUUCUUGGUGAUGCCUAAAUACGGUCGUUCAUUGGAGAAUUAUCGUGUUGAUCGCGGUGGCGUUUUGGAUUGCAGCGAAGCAUUCACAGUCGCAAAGCAAUGUGUGAACUGUUUAGAAUAUAUGCAUCACAAAAAUUAUGUUCACUCGGAUGUGAAGGCGGAUAAUAUAUUAUUACCGUUGAACGAUUCAAUUGAGCAGUGCUAUUUGGUUGAUUUUGGACUGGCACGAAUCGCGAAAUCAAACGUUGAAGUCGCUGAUAAGAAACGAGGUUGUUCUGAUUGCACGAUUUUGCCGAAUGAUUUUUUGCCCCUUCUUUACACAGAUUUUUCUGGUUGUAUUGCAUGUGAAAAAUUCAUUCAGUCACGAUGCUUGCGGAAAUUUGAGCGAAGUGCAUUGCGGUGCGGAAGUUACCUCACACUUUUGUUUAUUGAUUAA